AUGGAUGAUGAGAGAAACCCUUUGGAAGAAACCAAAGUAGAUGAAGAUGCUGAAACAGAAACUGAAAUGAGCCCACAUAAGCUACAUUUGGAUAAGGUAGGAAGUAUUGCAGGGGAAGAUCAGGAUCUCCCUGAUCCAGAAGAAGAGGACAGUGAUGAGCCCCAAGAAGAAAAUGAAAAAUUACAAGAAGAUAUCAUUUUGAAAGCAGAAGAAACUUCUAAGCCUCAAGAAGAGAAAAAUAAACUUGAAGUUCAGAAGGAUAAACCUGAUGAAAAUAGGGAGAAACCAUCAGAAGAUAGUAAAAACUUGAAAAAGGACGAUAAUCUAGAAGAGCAAGAAGAGGAAUUGAAAAAUGAGACAGAGAAACUUCAAACAGAAAAACCUCAAACAGAGAAUGAUAUUCUCAAUGAAGAAAACGAUGUCCCACAGGAAGAAAACGAUAGUAUCGACACUAACUUAAAAGAUAAAAUGAGAAGAGUCACUGUAUCUAAAAAGCCAGAUAAUAGCGAAGUAGAUACUAAAUUCUGAUCUGAAGAAAAGAAGAUGGAGGAGAAUAAAUCUGAGAGUGAAAUAUCCGACAAUUUUGAAAUUGUAACUGACAGGGUACAUCAAGAUAUAGAGGAAGAGCAAAAGACACCUUUCCAGCGUAAAACUACUAUAAUUGAAAAAGAUGAGAAUGGAAAGAAAAUUAUUACUAUAGAUGAAGGUGUUUUAUUGAUUUUCCCAAAUGGAAACAAAACUAUCUCUGUUAAUGUAAAAGUGACCAACUUUACUCUGUCAAUCACUCACUCUAAUACUGAAAAGCAUGAACAGACCCCUGAAUAUGAUGAGGAAUCCGAUCUUUUAGAUAAUUUGUCCCCUUCAGAAGAAUUUGAUGAAUCACUGGUGAAGUUGAUUGAAAAUCAAUGAAUGAUGAAAUACUUUGAGAUCCCUCUUGGACUUCUUUACAGUAUUACUAAAGUUAAUAUUGACCCUUGGAAAGAUGUACUGAUGUUAAAAACAAAGGAUAACAGGAAAGUAGCUCUGAAGUUGCUCGAUGAUGAUGACCAGGUAGAGCUAGAAAUGAUCCUAAAAUCUCAAGCUUUUCCCUCUAAAAUAACAAAAGAUGUGAGAUUUUUUAAGUAUAAAUAUGAGCCUUCUAACUACUUCAAAGAAGAGGAGAAGUACAGUCCAGCGAAAAUUUUUAAGAAAAUACUUGAUUUUGAAUGGGAUGAUCACCAGAAGUUGCCUGAUCAUUUGAUAGCUCAUAUUCUAAAAGAUGCUCCUCUUGAUAAAAAUGGAUGGGAAGUAUAUAACUUUAAGGAAGAAUAUAAGAGACAAGGAGUCAAUCAAGAUAUAAAGCAGUUCCAUACAAUAGAGGUUUGGAAAGAGAAGGAAGAAAAUACUUAUCCAGCAAAAGCAUACAUUCCCAAUACAAUUUCUCAUGGAGAGGCAGUGAGUGCAUUUGAGUUUAGAUCAAAGAAGAGAUUCCCAGCUUUAAGUUAUUACUAUAAAAAGAAGAAAACUUCUUUAUGGAGAUGUGCUCAACCCUUAGUCGGCUUUUUCAACUCAAGAAAUGAUGAUGAUGAAAAACUAUUCAAAGCUAUAGCUGAUUCUUGUCCUUAUAACCAAGGAUUGCUUAUAGUUGAUGCAAGAUCUUAUGUUAUGGCAAAUGGAAAUAGAAUAAAGGGAGGAGGCACAGAGAAACCGGAACACUAUCCAGAUUCUGAAAUUCAUUUUGCUGGAAUUGACAAUAUUCAUGGUGUCAGAGAUGCAUAUAAUCUAUGCUUUCCUUCAUGGCAAGAUCAAUGGUACACAAAGAAUUUUGAUGAGCUUCUUGAUAAGAUAAAUCCUUCAAAAUGGCUUGAUACUAUUCAUCACUUGUUGAAAGUUUCAAAGAAAGUUGCUAGCUCAAUUUACAAAGAGAAUAGAAAUGUGAUCGUCCACUGUAGUGAUGGAUGGGAUAGGACAGCUGAGAUAUGAGGUCUUGCACAAACUAUAUUAGAUCCAUAUUAUAGAACAUUAAAAGGCCUCCAGGUAAUAAUUGAAAAAGAGUGGGUUUCAUUUGGAUACCAGUUUGACAAGAGAUGAAGCAAUUUUGCAGAUGAGAAACAAUAUGGCAAUGAUGUAUCUCCAGUUUUUAUACAGUUUUUGGAUUGUCUUUAUCAGUUAUUGAAUCAGUAUCCUCUUGCUUUCCAAUAUAAUAAGUAUCUUCUCAAAUUUUUGGCUGUCGAGGUUUACACCUGUAAAUUUGGCAGCUUUAUUUUCAAUAAUGAUUGGAGCAGAAAGAAGUUUGAAAAAGAUAUCGGAGUAAAAUUGAGAGACACUGUAUCUAUUUGGACAUAUGUCAAUGAUAAUUGUCAACAGUUCUUAAAUCCUUUGUAUGAAAUGGAAAGUGGUAUUCUUAACCCACACUAUCACACUCCUUAUCUCAAAUUUUGGAGCGAAUAUUUCUUCAGUUGGCAUGAUCACACUGGGAAGGAUUUAGAAGUAAAGAAGCCCGAUCCUUACAAUGAUUUACUAUCAAUCAUAAUGGAUCAAUAUGAGAAAAACAAAAAAGAAAAAACUCAUACUAAAGAAAAAGAUGAGGGUUCUACUAAGAUGGCUGGAGAUACAAAAAAGAUGAAUAUGGAUAAAAUUUAGAUGCUAUCUAUUCAAUCCUCACACUUUAUUAA